ACGGGCAUUACUAGUGAGGGAGCAACGAACGGUCUAACAGCACAAACUCAAAUUCGGAGCCUUUUACAUUUCUGCCUUAGACAUCUCCACCGCAAAUGUGAUGCAGUCGCUUGCACAAGAAAUAAAAUCCUUCUCCAAAGCUAAUUUGCGGAAACAAUGCACCAGAGUAACGACUUUGAGCGGCAGGAGGAUUAUUGAGACAUGGAAAGGUUCCACUGUACAGGUGGUGGAAGAAACAGCACAGCCUGAAACUGCAUGUGGAUAUGUUCAGGAUAAUAACUGGGAUCUUCAGGUUGGAUAUAUUAAACCAUAUCUAUUACUUGGGUCACAAGAUGCAGCUCAUGACUUUGGUACUUUGAGGAAAUAUAAGGUCACACAUAUAUUAAAUGUUGCGUAUGGUGUGGAAAAUGCCUUUCCUAACUUGUUCAUCUAUAAAACACUGAGCAUACUGGACCUACCUGACACUGAUAUCAUAGCACACAUCGAGGAGUGUGCACAGUUUAUAGACCAGGCUAAAGCUGAGAAAGGAGUUGUACUUGUCCACUGCAAUUCUGGAGUUUCACGUUCUGUCUCGGUCGUCAUCGGAUAUCUGAUGUUGAAGGAAAAGCAGCCAUUUGGUGACACGUUUGCGCUGGUGAAAUCAGCUCGACCGGCCUCAUGUCCAAAUCCAGGUUUCAUGGAGCAGCUGAAAAACUUCAGACCACAAGAUGCUACACAAGCAAAUGGUUUGGGUCAUGAUUGAACAUUAUUCUACAGCUGCAUCCAUUUAAUCUCAAAGGGACAGUUCACCCCAAAAUUAAAAUUCUGUCAUUAUUGCCUAAUAUCUUUUUAAAGCUGUUUGGCUGUUUUUCUUUCAUUGAACACAAAUGGUGAUAUUUAUAGAGAAUGUUCAAGCUGCUCUUUUCCUUAUAGUAAAAGUGACUGGAAUCAGUCUACUCUUCACAAGUCUAGAAUUCACAAAAAAUAAAAUAGGUUUGAAAUGACAUGAAGUGAGUAAAUAAAGACAGAAUUUUCAUUUUUUGAUGAACUGCUCUUUUAAAGCCACCAGUGCUUCCAUCAUAGUUUCAUAUAUGGCUUUGAUUUAACACUUCCAAAUUGUCUUAUAGGUGCUAAUAUGACAAAAAGAAACAUAGCUGCCUUUCAGUUGGAAUUUGAAUUGAACUGGCUUUACAUGAUGUUGAACUGGAAUUUGAAUUACAUUGGUUCUCAUUCUUAGCCUAUUACAUUUUAUUUGCAAUUACUUCAUUUCAAUUACAAUUGUCAUCCUUUGUGCUACUUCAAUUUAAUUUCAGGAAUUCACUAUCAAAAUAAAUCACAUACAAACACUCUUUCAAUUAUCUUAACAAAGUGUAACCUUUAAGAUGCAGUUAUUUUCCCAUUCUGUUAUGUUCGUUAGGCAUUUAGAAUCAACUUUCCAGACAUAUUUUGGUAAACACUCACAUUCAGGCUUUUUAUUUUUCUGGAAAAAUAAUUUGGUCCAGUUCAUUUAUUAUUAAUAUUACACUUUACAUCCUUGAUCAUCCUCUGGGAUGUUAAGCUAUAUUUGUGCAAUAUAGUAACUUAAAUAUCAACCAAAAGAGAGGGACUAGUUAAACAAGUAUUCUUGGUACAUCAAAUCUUAGUUCAUUUUCUUUUGUAAUUUUGUAAUUUUAAUUACAUAUUUUGAUGUUUAUGUCCAUAGAUUGCAUAGUAAUAUAGUGAUUUUUUAAACAAAUCUUAAGAUUCUCGUUUAAUCCUGUUUUAUUUACACUGAUGUGAUGUGUUUUUUCUGAAGGUAGGAAAUUGUCAUAAAAUGCU